AUGUCCAGCAAGCGUGCCAAGGGGAAGACCACAAAGAAGCGGCCUCAGAGGGCCACGUCAAAUGUUUUUGCCAUGUUUGACCAGUCACAGAUCCAAGAGUUCAAAGAGGCCUUCAACAUGAUCGACCAGAACAGAGACGGCUUCAUUGACAAAGAGGAUCUGCAUGAUAUGCUGGCAUCUCUGGGUAAGAAUCCCUCUGAUGAUUACCUGGAGGGGAUGAUGAGUGAAGCUCCGGGGCCUAUCAACUUCACAAUGUUCCUCACCAUGUUUGGCGAAAGGCUCAAUGGAACAGACCCAGAAGACGUCAUCCGUAAUGCUUUUGCCUGCUUUGAUGAGGAGGGAUCUGGUGUGAUCCACGAGGACCAUCUGAGAGAGCUGCUAACCACCAUGGGUGAUCGCUUCACAGAUGAAGAGGUGGAUGAGCUUUUUCGUGAGGCACCCAUUGACAAGAAGGGCAACUUCAACUAUGCAGAAUUCACCCGCAUCCUGAAACAUGGUGCCAAAGACAAGGAUGAUGAGUAGACUGACAAGAUGACUGCACAUGUACUACAUCAACAGCCAAGUUUCUACUUUUGUGGCCCUUGUUUUGAGAAAUUUGUAGUGUGCUUGCAAGGCUACCAAGUGGGUGUGGACAUUGUGCUAACAGCUACUGCCUUUUAUUUAGACCUAUAUAUGUUUAUGAAGGGUAGGACCUCGGGAUCCACGCAAUAUACCACAAUACACUUUUCAACUCGCAACUCUUUUCAGAUCAUUGAAGGUUAUCCAUGAAAGUGUGUCUGAGUUUAUGCAUCUUGUAGGAAGAUCUUAAAUCCACUUAUCAUUACAGAUCAUUCCCCUUGCUCUUCACAAGACCUUGGAUGGGUAAAGUUGAGUAUCCUCAGAUUGCAGCUAUUCUUAAAGAGGAAUCUUCUCUCAACUCUUGAUAUGUCAAACACUAAUGUGUAUGUUAUAUAUCUGUGCAUUUGGAUGACCAGAUUAAAUGCUAUGCUAUAUCCCCACUAUGUUUGCCUCCUCCUGAACAAGAUGUGCACCAAGCCUCCUUUCAUGGAGCUGUACCGAUGUGAUGGCAGUGGAUGAAGAAAUUAUUCCAAUUUAUUUAUGAGUGACAAUCACAAGCAAUCCAAAAAUUAAAGUAAUUAAAGUAAAUUCAUGCCCAUGAAACCUUGAAAUUGAUCGCACAUGCUUAGUUACUCUAUUGUGCUCUUCCCGUCACACCUGUUGAAGUAUUCUGUAUUGAAGUUUGAAGUUAUUCAGGCAAAUAAAGUCUGUGUAUGAUAGUGACUGCAAAAA